AUGCAGGACGACAAGAUACGAUACUUUGCCACGUUUUGGGAUCCAUCGGGCGCCCCUACGUCCAGUCAGGUGGUAAUCAAUGGUGUGACUGUCGACCUGGCCCUCGACAUCGGUGGUACCCCUGGCAUGGCUACACCCUCAAUGAAGCUUCAUCAGCUGAUCCUCAAAAACGUGUUGCAGGGUAAUUACUUCACGGAAGCGGCCAGCUCGCCGAUAAACGACGGCUGCCAGCCGUACCACUUCUUGUUUACAUUAGAAAACGGAGCGGUGCACCGCUAUCCGGAGACGCACAACUUCAACACCUUUUCCGAGGGCGCCUGUGCGAACGACAAGUGUUCCUCCACAGCUGCUGGCAACUCAGUUAGCAGCGUGACUCCGACGUCCGCAGUCGUUUCGUGGUCCGCUCCGCUCAACGAUGGCGCCAGCCCCAUAUCAAGCUACCAGGUCGGUCUCGUCUAUUACUUCGCCUAUGGAAGUCCCUUUACCUUGACAGGCCUAUCGUCCGGCACCGCCUACACGGUCUAUGUGUGGGCGCUCAAUGGCGUCGGGUACUCGGAGGGUGGAAGCCGCUCGUUCACCACGCUAUCCCUCUCUGCACCGAGCGCGCCACGUAACCUUGCCGUCAGCAACAUCACUACCACAUUCGCCUUCGUCACGUGGUCGACUCCGCUCAGUGACGGCAACAGUCCCAUCACGGGCUACCAGGUCGGUCUCUAUUGGAACGGACAGAGCGAAUUCCGUCUCGUCUACGGAACAUUCACGGCCUUAUCAGAUCUUUCAUCGGGCACCACCUACACGGUCUAUGUGUGGGCGAUGAAUGGACUGGGCUUCUCGGAUCCGGCGCACCUCGGCUUCGAUACGAUUGCCGUCACCACGCCCAGCCCACCGAGGGACAAGGCCUUUAGCAGCAUCACCACCUCGUCCGCCUACAUAACGUGGUCACCUCCGCUCAGUGACGGCAACAGUCCCAUCACGGGCUACCAGGUCGCUCUCUCGUAUCUCCUGGGGGGUUCGGUUAAAGAUGACUUUUUCUACGUCUCCACCACCUACUACCAGGCCAUCAAUCUCUAUCACUCGACCAUCUACACAGUGGCCGUGAGGGCGAUCAACAGCAGAGGCCUGUCGCUCGACGGGACGGGGAGUACGUACUUUACCACGGUGGCCAUCAAUCCGCCCAGUGCCCCCCGAGACAAGACGGUCAGCAGCAUCACCACCACGUCGGCCCUCAUCUCGUGGCUGGCGCCGACCAGCGACGGCGGAAGUCCAAUCAUCCGCUACAAUAUCGUUCUAUCCUGGGGAACCGAGACCAGCACCAUAACCUCUACCACCACCUCCUACGCCCCUACUAAUCUGUUGCCCAGCACGAGCUACACUCUGGUCGUUAAAGCGGUCAACGUGGAAGGCGCCUCUGCGGACGGAACCGGAGUCAGUAAUUUUGUCACUCUCAGUCCUUCCGCACCAAGCUCGCCGAGAGAUAUGACCUUGAGCAGCAUCACCCCCACAUCGGCCCUCAUCUCGUGGCUCCCGCCGCUGAGCAACGGCACCAGUCCCCUUCACUCCUACCAGAUUGGCAUCUUCUAUGAAGAUGCGAGCAGCUAUUUCCAGUCCUUUUCUACGUUCCUGUCCGCUACUGGUCUGACGCCCGGGAGGACCUACACGGUCAAUGUGUGGGCCAUCAACGCCGUGGGCUUCUCUGCUGCCUUGACGCGGAGCCUGACCACCCUCACCCUCUCCGUACCGAGCGCACCGCGCAGCGUGGCAGUCGACAGUGUCACCUCUACCACGGCCCGCGUCUCGUGGCUGGCCCCACUCAGCGACGGAAACAGCCCCUUGGAGGGCUACCGGGUCACUUUGACGUACAAUGGCGCGACGCAGCUGACCUGGGACGGAGUCCUCAACACCUACGUGGAUCUCAGUGGUACAUGGCCGCUUACCCCGUGCAACGGCGACGAGAAUUGGGCUUACCAGGGUUUCGUCUUAGGCAUACCGCCUGGAACGAGCGUCACCUUUGCUGUGGUGGCCAAGAAUGCCGUCGGCUACUCGGCGGCAGGGUCGGGCGCCACGACAUUCACCACCACUACGACCGUUCCCAGCGCCCCGCGCAAUGUGACGGUCAGCGGUGUCACAGCCGAGGGCGCGCAGGUCUCGUGGCUGGUGCCAACCAGCAACGGCGGUAGCACUAUCCUGGCCUACAAGGUCAGUCUUGCGUGGACUGGCCCUACCCUGGACUUCUUGGUGUCGGACACCUCCAUCCACAUCGCAUCCCUAUUGCCCAAAACAACAUACACGGUCACCGUGUCGGCCCAGAACAGUGUGGGUUUCUCUGCGGCCGGAGCGGCCAGCUCACCCUUCACCACGCCCGAGAAGGCGCCCGACCCACCACGGGACCUGGCCGUCAACAGCAUCACCUCCACGUCGGCCAUCGCCUCUUGGCUGCCCCCGCUCGACAGUGGUAGCAACCCAAUCGCAGGCUACCAGAUAUUCCUCUAUGCGUGGGACGGCAGCUACAGCAGAUCCUUUUUCAGGGAGUCCACUUUUUUGUCUGUCGCCGACUUGAGCGCUUCGACCAGCUACACGAUCGUUGUAUUGACGCUGAGCGGUCUCUCAUAUUCGCCGUCAUCCGAGGAGUACUUUACCACCGUCGCUCCGUCGACGGUGCCGACUCCACCGCGUGACCUCAUUGUUCACAACAUCACCGUCACGUCGGCCUUCAUUUCGUGGGCCGCCCCGGUCAGCCCCGGCAGCACCCCGAUCACGGCCUACGAAGUCUCUCUCUCCUGGGGACCAGAGAGCUCUGCGGCCAUCACCACCGCGACAAGCUACUACGCUGCCGCUGAGCUUCGCCCUGCGUGCGAGUGGACCAACCGACGCUCUCUGGCAGGUCUGAUGCCUGGCACCAGCUACACCGUCGCGGUGCGGGCGAUCAACAGCGUGGGCAGGUCAGACGCGACGGCCGGUAAUCAAUUCACCACAAGCGGCGCCUCCGCUCCCAGUCCGCCGCAGGAAAUGACGCUUACCGACAUUACCACCACAUCGGUCACAAUCUCGUGGCUGGCCUCUGCCAGCGACGGCGGCAGUUCCAUUCGCAUCUAUGCAGGAGAUGAAGGCCAGUACUACAACACGCAGAACCUCGCCAUCUCCCUCGGAGGCUUGCUGCCCGGGACCGAGUACACAGUGGUCGUGUGGGCCAACAACGCCGUUGGCUUCUCCGACGGAGCAGAGAACUGGUUCUUCACGCUCUCGCUCCCCUCGCCCAGCAGGACGCCGACGCGCAGCCCAACCAGCAGCCCGAGCGCUUCGGUGACCGCCUCCAUUACGCCCGGCGUCACGCCCAGCAGCACGGUGAGCCCGAGUCUCGAGCCGAGUCCCAGCUCCGCCUGUCUCGCCCACGGGAACCAGAACACCAACACGCAGUCCGACUGCUUCCGUCAGCGGCAGUCGCAGCCCGACCGCGUCAGUCACCGGAAGUCCGAGCCCAACUGCGUCAGUCAGCGUCAGUCCAAGCUCAAGUGUGUCGCCCACCGGCAGCCCGAGUCGCUCGAUCGCAGCCAGCCCGAGUGCUUCGGUGAGUGGCAGCCGAAUUCCUACGCCCAGCCGCAGCCCAAGUGCCUCGGCCACGACGAGCCCGAGCACGACUAG